AUCGACGUCAUUGGUUGUAACAUUGCCACGUCAUCGACACCCCCUUGAUACGUUCUGACCCAAAAUUUCUUCCUCCUCAAAAAUUUCAUUCACACCAUUUUCGUUUCACAAGAUUAUCAACAAUUCUUUUCUUUUUUAUUUUAUUUUUUAUGUCAUUUCACUUCUCAUUUCAACACUUGAACUUAACCAAAGAAGCUUUUUUUUCAUUGAAAUGGCACAGUUACUGUCUUCAGUGUACAUAGAACCUCUCAAAGUUCACAACCCAUCAUUGAAUUUGUGUUCCUCAUGCUCAUGGAGGAUGCUGCCAAAGACUGCAACAACUCCUUUGAACUUUGUCGCACAUAAUGGCAAACGAAGAGGGUGUGGCAGGGUGAGAGUUGCUACUAAUGACUCAUUUUCAACGACCGAGACCGUUGCUGAUGAUUACUAUGCAGUUUUGGGCCUGCUUCCAGAUGCCACACCAGCGCAGAUCAAGAAGGCCUACUACAAUUGCAUGAAAGCUUGCCACCCUGACUUCAGUGGCAAUGACCCUGAGACAACCAAUUUCUGCACAUUCGUCAAUGAAAUCUAUGAGGUGCUUAGUGAUCCCAUUCAGCGCAUGGUUUAUGAUGAAAUUCAUGGAUAUUCUUUGACUUCAAUCAACCCUUUCCUGGAUGAGUCUAGCCCAAAGGAUCAUGUCUUUGUUGAUGAAUUCAGUUGCAUAGGCUGCAAAAAUUGUGCCAAUGUAGCCUGUGAUGUGUUUGCAAUAGAGGAAGAAUUUGGAAGAGCCAGAGUGUACAGCCAAUGCGGGAAGCCUGAACUAGUUCAACAGGCCAUUGAUAGUUGCCCUGUUGACUGCAUUCAUUGGACAUCAGCCGCACAACUAUCAUUACUUGAAGAUGAAAUGCGCCGCGUCGAAAGAGUCAAUGUUGCUAUAAUGCUUUCGGGAAUGGGAUCAGCAUCAACUGAUGUUUUCAAAAUGGCAAGUUCCCGUUGGGAAAAGAGGCAGGCAAAAGUCUUGGAACAAGCAAAAUUGAGAACGAUGAAGAAGAAAGGUUCUGGUAAAGCAGAUAUGUUCUGGAACAAUCUUUGGGGAAAACCAAAAGACUUCCAAAGUUCAGAGGAGGAAGUCAAAGAAAGAGCGCAAAGAGCUGCUGCUGCUGCUAGAAGAUGGAGAGAAUACUCAAGAAGGGGUGUUGAUAAGCCCCCCACAUUUAAACUUCCAGAGGUGGCUUCCAACAAGGACAAGUGACAAGUUAUAUUACCUAUAGUCCUAUACCUUCUAUAGCUAUAAGAUCCACUCCCAUGUAAUUAAUCCAUCCAUAGCAUGUCAUUCAGUCUCAUAAGUCUAAUUCUUAUUAACAAUCCAUAAUUGUAUAUGCUGAAAUACUAAUGAGGUAAAAUAACAAUGAUUUAUAGUAUUUACAGAAAUAAAUAAAAAAAAGCUAGUUCAAUGAGGGUUUACUAUUUUCUUUUCUUGUUUUUGCACAAGUCUACAUUCC